AUGGAUGUUCAAGCGCCUGAAAGAGAUGCAAGUGGUUCUCCAAUAGACCCACCGCCGGCGGAAGAAGGUGGCGCUUCUACGGAAGCCUCGCCAGCCCCGGCAGAUGAAUCAGCGCCACCACCACAAGAAAUCUCCUCCUCCCCUGAAGAAACCCCUGCUUCUUCCCCGCCAGAAUCCCCGCCGCCCUCUUCUCCUCCUCCUCCUUCUUCCUCACCUCCCCCGCCGGACGAAUCUUCUCCGACGACCCCACCUACCCCAUCAAAUUCCCCUCCUCCCUCCGGUCGAUCCAAGUCACCUUCACCCCCACCCCCAUCGGCCGCCGGCGGUUCACCCCCAUCCGUAUCGCCUCCUCCGCCAUCCCCACCCGCCCCGGAAGCUAAUAGUACCCCGGUGACACCCUCCACCCCUGGUAUCUUUGCGCCGCCCCCACCUCAAACGGUUCCCGGUGCCCCUGGAAGAACAUUACCUCCACCGUCCGAACCACGUAGAACCCCAUCAGGUGGCUCCCCUGCCACUCCCGAUGGCGGCUCACGUUCUCCACCGCCUUCCAAUUCUUCUUCUUCAUCAUCAAAUAAUACCGUCCUUAUCGCUGGGGUCGUAAUCGCCGGUGUUGUUCUCAUUGCUUUUGUUGCCAUUUGGUUACUAUGUUCCAAGAAAAAGAAGAAACAAGCAUACUAUAUGGAUCCGGGACGUACUCCUAAAGGUAAUGAGCCAUACUAUAAUGGCACCAACAACUGGAACAGCCCUAAUCCAAUGGACCAUGUUGUUAAGCUUGCACCACCACCAGGGGUAAUGGGUACACCUGCAACUCCUGGUACUGCAUGGGGUACUACCCCUCAGGUAAAUGGUAGCAGUGAAUUCAGCUCAGGUUACUCAGGCCUUAACCAGGUGUCACCAAAUAUGGGAAUGGGAGGAUUUAACCAGAGCCAGUUCAGGUAUGAGGAGCUUGCGGCCGCCACGGGUGGAUUCUCGCAGGCUAAUUUGUUGGGGCAAGGUGGAUUUGGGUAUGUACACAAAGGAGUUCUGUCUGAUGGAAGGACAGUGGCUGUGAAGAGCUUGAAGACUGGGAGCGGGCAAGGCGAAAGAGAAUUCCAGGCCGAGGUUGACAUUAUUAGCCGUGUCCACCAUCGACAUCUUGUAUCACUUGUUGGCUAUUGUAUCGCUGAUGGGCAGAGGAUGUUGGUCUAUGAAUUUGUGCCCAAUAAGACUUUGGAAUUCCACCUUCAUGGAAAGGGUCAGCCUGUCAUGGAAUGGGAAUUUAGAGUUCGUAUUGCUUUGGGAUCAGCCAAGGGGCUUGCUUACCUUCAUGAAGAUUGCCAUCCUAAGAUUAUCCACAGAGACAUUAAGGCAGCCAAUAUUCUACUUGAUGACAAGUAUGAAGCCAUGGUGGCAGAUUUUGGAUUGGCCAAACUCUCUUCUGACAACUACACUCAUGUCUCUACUCGGGUUAUGGGAACUUUCGGGUAUUUGGCUCCGGAGUAUGCAUCAAGUGGUAAACUGUCAGAGAAAUCAGAUGUUUUCUCAUUUGGGGUCAUGCUCUUAGAGCUCAUAACGGGGAGAAGACCUGUUGAUCCCAACGAUAGAUAUAUGGAAGACAGUUUGGUGGAUUGGGCUAGACCAAUUUUAACAAAAGCAUUGGAAGAUGGUGACUACAGUGAAAUAGCAGAUCCGCGCUUAGAAGGAAAAUAUGAACAUCAUGAAAUGGCUCGAAUGAUAGCCAGUGCUUCUGCUAGUAUCCGUCAUUCUGCAAGAAGACGCCCCAAAAUGAGCCAGAUUGUCCGUGCACUGGAAGGAGAUUCGUCGCUGGAGGACUUGAACGAUACAAAUAAGCAAGCACGAAGCAGUGGCUUUAUGUCAAGCAGUGGUGACACGCAGACUUAUGACACUGGAAUGUACAAUGCUGAUAUGUCAAAAUUCAGGCAGAUGGUAAUGGAUAACCCUGAUAACAGCAGCGAAUUCGGGGCAACGACGAGUGAAUUUGGUCUGAAUCCAUCAUCUUCAAGCAGCGAUUCCAGAGAAUCUCUUACCUCGGAUCAACAGAAGCACAAGAUUUAA